AUGGGUUUGCUUUUUAGGCCCCCUAGUAAUCAAAACCAAGACCUUGAGAAGGGCAAUGCAAGGAAAUUGACCCACCGACCUGUUACUCCCGCACAAGUCAACAACUCCGAGAGGAGCAACUCCAAAGUCCCAAUCAACGGGAUCCCAGCAGCAACCAACAGCAACGCCUCUGCGGCCGCAGCCAACGCCGGUGAUCCUGCACAGCUGGCCCCACAACAUUGUGUUGUUCGCGAGCAGGACCAAUACAUGCCUAUCGCCAACGUGAUCCGCAUAAUGCGUCGUAUUUUGCCACCCCAUGCAAAAAUAUCUGACGACGCCAAGGAGACCAUCCAGGAGUGUGUGUCCGAGUACAUUGCCUUCAUCACUGGGGAGGCCAACGAGCGCUGCCAGCGCGAGCAGCGCAAGACCGUCACUGCCGAGGACAUCCUCUGGGCGAUGGGGAAGCUUGGCUUCGACAACUACGUCGAGCCCCUCACUCUUUUCCUCCAGAAGCACCGGGAGUCGGAGAACAGCGACAGGUCUACUCUGAGAGCUGAGUUUAUGAAGAGGGAUCGUGCAGUGGAUUUUGGACCUGCUGGGCCCCCGAUUGCACUGAUGCCUCCUCCUCCACCUUAUGGGCCUGGCUAUCCUUUUGGGGCCCAGCAUGGUCCUGGGAUGUUCGACCCAUCCAUGCUUGGGAUGUUUAGGGAUGGGUCGUCAUCUGGCUCGGGCGGAGGAGCCUCGGCGGCUUCAGGGGAUCAGGGCCAGAAUUCCUUGGGGGGGUUUGAUCCGUUUGCUCAGUUCAAGUGA